AUGUGUCGCAAGAAGGACAAUGACAGCAAGAAGGUCAAUGAGGUAAACAAUUUUGAUAUAAGAACUGAUCUCGAUUGUUACUCUCAGAAUGAUUUCUUUGUAAAUAGCACUGAACAUGACUCAUUGUCAAACCAAGCAUUUGCCAAAGUAAAAGUAGGCACAUCCAUAAUAGACAUGAAAAUUGACACAGGUGCGCAAGUUAAUGUCCUCCCAAAGUCACUGUACUUGAAACUAAGCUUAAAGGGUCCAUUACGACAAGCUCAGAAACGCCUCACUGCUUAUGAUGGCAAACCACUAUGCGUGGAAGGUUACAUAACCAUACCUUGUAAGUACAAUGGUCAAACUUACAAUGAAGAGUUUUACAUAGUUAAAUCAGGUUCAAGCCCCAUAUUAGGCUUACAGACAUGUUUGAGAAUGAAUCUGAUAAAUCUUGUACUUGCAAUGAAUUCUAGUACCCCAAGCAAAGAUAAUGUAAAUCACACACCUCUCACAAAGGAUAAAGUCCUCUCGAAAUACGCAGACGUUUUCGAAGGUAUUGGUCAGUUGCCAGGUGAAUGUGAAAUUCACUUGCAUGAAAACGUCUUACCUGUAGUUCACCCACCUCGCAAAGUCCCUGUCGCAAUUAAAGACAAACUCAAGGUAGAACUUGAUCGCAUGGAACAUCUAAAUGUCACUUGCAAAGUCACUGAACCUACAGACUGGGUAAACAGUUUGGUCACUGUAGAAAAAGCAAACGGUUCUUUAAGGAUAUGCUUAGAUCCAAAAGACCUCAAUGAAGCAAUCAAAAGACCACACUAUCCAAACAAGACGCUUGAUGACAUAUUGCCAGAGUUGUCAAAUGCAACCAUUUUCUCAAAGCUUGAUGCUCGCAGUGGUUAUUGGUCAAUUAAGCUCACAGAAAAGGCUUCAUACCUGACAACAUUCAACAGCCCCUUUGGCAGGUAUCGUUUCUUGCGGUUACCAUUUGGCCUGAAUAACGCAAAUGAUUUGUUCCAAGAAAAAAUGGACCAUUGUCUUGAAAAUUUGCCAGGUGUUAGGACAAUUGUUGACGAUAUUGUCGUUUUUGGUAAGGAUCAUGCAGAUCACGACCGCAAUUUUGACAUGCUCAUGACGAGAUGUCGUGAAAUGGGUAUAAAACUUAAUGCAGAUAAGACCGAUAUAGGCAAGAGCGAAAUCCCCUUCUUUGGUCACAUUCUCAGCUCUGAGGGACUAAAAAUGGAUCCUGCAAAAGUCAAGGCCAUACAGGACAUGCCACCACCAAAUUCAAAAUCAGAACUACAAACUGUUUUGGGAAUGGUCACAUACCUUCAAAGGUUUGCACCCAAACUCUCUGAAAUCACACUGCCCUUAAGGCAACUACUUUCUAAGGAUGUAGAAUUUGUAUGGGAUAUGCCCCAACAGGAAGCAUUUCAGAAAGUCAAAAAUGUCAUAACUCAGAGUCCAGGUCCUGUAUUAGCUUACUUUGACCCCAAAAAGGAAAUAACUCUACAGGUUGAUGCUUCCAAAUAUGGCCUUGCUGCAGUUCUCAUGCAAGAUGAGAAACCAGUCAGUUUUGCUUCGAAAUCUCUCACUAAAACAGAGGUUAACUAUGCUCAGAUAACGAAAGAGCUAUAUGCCAUUUUCUUUGGUUGCAAAAGGUUUCACCAGUACGUAUAUGGUAAACGAAUCAAAUGUCAGAGCGAACAUAAACCACUGUUGGCAAUUUGGAAAAAAGGCUUGCAUUGUGCACCCCCACGUUUGCAACGUUUGCUGUUACAGUUGCAGAAAUACGAUGUAGAAUUGAUAUUUGUCCCAGGUAAACAAAUUCCUCUAGCAGACACGCUGUCUCGCAAAUAUUUACCUGACACAUACCCAGAAAUUGCAGAAGGUUUAGACGUGCAUGUACACGCUGUCAUGUCAAAUUUACCUGUAAGUGAUCAGAAAAUGGAGCUGAUAAGGACUGCCACAGAGUCAGAUUCUCAAAUGCAAUUACUUGCAAAGGUUAUUCUUGAAGGAUGGUCAAAUGACAGACCACAAUGCCCCAGCACGCUUCUUGAAUUUUGGAACUUUAGGGAUGAAUUGUCAGUAGUUGAUGGCAUUAUACUGAAAGGAAACAAAAUCCUUAUUCCCAAGGAAAUCAGACCCUUAAUGUUGGAAAAGAUUCAUGAAGGUCACUUUGGUGUAGAGAAAUGCACACAACGCGCACGCGAGGUUCUGUUUUGGCCAAAUAUGUCUUCAGAGAUAAAAUCACUAGUGCUAAAUUGCCCAAUUUGCCUAGAACACAGGUGUUCAAAUCAAAAGGAACCCCUGCAACCUAGCAAAGUGCCCGAUAGACCAUGGCAAAUCUGUGCCACAGAUCUGUUCCACUGGAACAAUUCUGAUUAUGUCUUGCUGGUAGAUGCAUACAGCAGAUAUUUUGAGGUUAGCAUGCUCCCAAACUCAAGGUCAGUCACAGUGAUUGAUAAAUUGAAAGGUUACUUCAGCCGUCACGGCAUCCCAGAAGUUUUACGAUCUGAUAAUGGACCAUGCUAUGACUCUUUAGAGUUCAACAAAUUUGCAGAACAGUACGAUUUCAAACACAUAACAUCUUCCCCAGGUCACUCCUCGGGUAAUGGACUUGCUGAAAUUACCGUCAAGACAAUUAAGUCUCUGUUCACAAAAACAAAACAGGCAGGAAAUGACCCAUACCUAGCACUGUUAGAGUAUCGCAAUGCCCCAUUACAAUGUGGUCAAUCCCCUGCACAGCUCUUAAUGAGCAGACAGUUAAGGUCAACACUGCCAUUAGUAGACAAACAACUUAAGCCACGAGUACAUGAUAUGCAGACUGUUAAAGACAAAAUGCAUAUUUCCAAACAAAAGUCAAAGUUUUAUCAUGACCAGUCUGCUAAGCCACUCAGAUCUCUUGAAAUAGGUGAAAGUGUAAGGCACCACAUGACAUCUGGUUAUUAA